AUGGCUCUGUCUAUACCUAGUGCUGGUAUCCAAAAUCAAAGGAACUUUUCUCAUGACUCACUUCAGCCGAGUCCUUCCAGAUUAACCCCAUAUUUCCCAAAUAUUAUGCCCCAAAAUCCAUACCUAAACAUGUUUGCCAAUUCUCAAGAUAUAUUUAACCCACUUAAGUCACUUGGAAGACUAGUAUCCAAUUCUUCCACUAUGGGACCAUUUAAUUUCAGAGACAUUCCCUCGCUCCUAAAUCCCAAUUCGAACCUGGGAGAGUCUCUAUUUGGCACUCUUCCUUCUUCCUAUUCUAUAUAUAACAAGAUGCGGACUUCUCCUAUCAAUAUUCACAGCCAAUCAUUUGUUUCCAAUUUCCAUACGGAUAACUCAGAUAGCCCUAAGUCCUAUGUGUCCCCCAAGAGAUGUAAAGGUUUAGCUGUAAGUGCGCCCAGCAAUGAGAUGAUGACCACCCGCACCUACCAGUUUACAGAAGAAGACCUCCACACUGUGUUGUAUGGUUACACACAUGGCUCAGAGGACAAGCGCCCACUCUACUGUGCUGCUCACUCCUUGUCUGGGCUAAGGAUCCCCCUUAACAGUACAGUUAUAGAUUCCCAAAUCCUGGACAGAGAAUCUCUGCAGUUGCCUGAAGGUUUAUCAGUGAAGAAAACUAUAUAUGGGGACGUUUACAAAUCAGGGGUAUUUUCUACAAGUAUUAUACCAAAAGGUGUCAAGUUUGGUCCAUUUCAAGGAAAAGUGAUUAAUACAAGCGAGAUAAAGACUUAUGAUGAUAACUCUUUAAUGUGGGAAAUAUUUGAGGACGGGAGACUGAGUCAUUUUAUAGACGGUAAAGGUUCCUCGGGGAACUGGAUGGCUUUGGUGAAUUGCGCCCGUUUCCCAGAGGAGCAGAACCUGAUUGCCCUGCAGUGUGAGGGAGAGAUCUUCUAUGAGUCCUGUAAAGAGAUCUUGCCCAACCAGGAGCUGUUGGUUUGGUAUGGAGACAGCUACCUGCAAUUCCUGGGCAUCCCUGUGAGUCUCAAAGGGACUGGAGAUGGCAAACCCCCCUACCCACACAUUGAGGAGUCAAGUGAAGGUUACAAAUGUGAGAGGUGUGGGAAGGUUUUCGCCUAUAAAUAUUACAGGGACAAGCACCUCAAAUACACACGGUGUGUGGACCAGGGGGAUAGGAAGUUUCCCUGCCAUCUGUGUAACAGGUCGUUUGAGAAACGGGACAGGCUGAGAAUUCACAUAUUACACGUGCACGAGAAGCACAGACCCCACAAGUGUACUAUUUGUGAAAAGAGUUUCUCCCAGUCUUCCAGCCUGAACAAACACAUGAGAGUUCACUCAGGAGAGAGGCCAUAUAAAUGUGUCUAUUGCAACAAAGCAUUUACAGCAUCCAGCAUCCUCCGAACACACAUUCGACAGCAUUCAGGUGAAAAGCCCUUUAAAUGCAAACACUGUGGCAAAGCAUUUGCUUCACACGCUGCUCAUGACAGUCACGUUCGCAGAACGCACAUUAAAGAUAAAGGAUAUUCAUGUGGAGUGUGUGGCAAGACUUUUCUGGAAGUUGAAGAGUUCAAAUAUCACAUGCAAGUUCAUGCUCGUCUCUAGUCAGGGCACAU